GCUUCAGUCAGACGUGUAGCCUCCAGUAAUGACUCCUAACGCCAUCCUACCUCAGUGACAGUCUAUCAGUCAUAACAUAACUGAACACAAUGGGUUUACCGCAGAGCUCUUUUUUGUCGGACGGGGGAACUAACAGCGGAUAUCAUGUGCAUGGGGUACAAGAGGACUCCCCUGCCCUGAGAGCAGGACUGGAGCCAUUCUUUGACUUCAUUCUCUCUAUUGGAAAUACUAGACUUAAUAAAGAAAGUGACUUGCUGAAAGACCUUCUAAAAGCCAAUGUGGAGAAACCGGUUAAACUUGAAGUGUACAACUCUAAAACCCAGCGGGUGAGAGAACUGGAGGUGACACCCAGUAACAUGUGGGGUGGUCAGGGUCUACUGGGUGCUAGUGUCCGCUUCUGCAGCUUUGAAGGAGCCAAUGAAAACGUGUGGCAUGUCUUGGAUGUGGAAGCCAAUUCUCCUGCAGCGUUAGCUGGCCUUAUUGCACAUCAUGACUUCAUUGUUGGAGCUGACCAGGUGUUGCAAGAUUCAGAGGAUUUCUUUUCUUUGAUUGAAGCCAAUGAGGGGAAACCUCUGAAGCUGCUUGUGUACAACACACAGAGUGACCACUGCAGAGAAGUAGUGGUGACUCCCAAUGGAGCAUGGGGAGGAGAGGGAAGCUUGGGCUGCGGUAUCGGCUAUGGCUACUUGCACAGAAUCCCAACCCGUCAAGUUCAGCCCAACACUGAGAAUAAAAGUGUUCUACAAUCCACACUAACAGGCAACAGUGAAGAAGUGGUUGCAAGUGACACUGAGCUGCCCCCAGUGAAUGCAGGUGGACCCACUGGUGUCAACGAAACAGGUUUGAAUCAAAUUGAAGGAGCUGUGCAGGAGCUGUGUGUUACCUCACCCACACAGUCAGCCUUGGACUUUGACAUUUCCAACAUAUCCGAGGCAGUAACUCCAGACUUGUCAGACAUGGUUUCCACCAAUGACAUCGGCUACAGCUCCAUGUUUGCUAAUUAUGGAGAUGAUACCUGUGAUCAGUUCAGCUUGGAUACCUCAUCUGCAGACCAAAGAGCUUCAUCUCCAGAGAAGGAAGAAGAUUCAGACCACCAGCAAACGGUGCAGGGUCAUGUUUUAGACCUGAUCACCAGCACUUCUCCAAACAGUGAGGGCGUUGAUGACAUCAUUGGCCUUGAAGUCACCACAGAGAACCUGCCUGACACAACUAUCCCAGAGGUGCAAGAUAAUAAUUCUGAGCACUCAAGCUCAGCCCAGAUUAUGGAGGAAGAAACUUCUGAGAGUGCAGUGACGGAAAGUUAAAAGGACUGCUUCACUGCUGAUAAUUAACGCUGGUUCAAGCUGACUUGCAUAACAGGAGAUUUAGAACACAUUAUGACACCGAAAGCUUCCCUUAUGACUAAGUUGUUUCACUGGAGCUAUUUUUUAAUUUCCAAGAGUUUUAUUUGUACACAGGUGCCAUUGCUGCAUGCUCAAUUGCACAUUUAAGAAAUAUUUUAUGUUGACUGAAAAGACUAGAAAGGCAGGUGCAAUAUGAAUGUAGUUCAUGUUUUACUCAUACUACUCAGCAUCAAACAGGAUGAAGCCUUAGCUGAAUCUUAGCUGCUAUUUAUCAGUCAUCCUGGUUUGCACUAAAAAGCCAAAGGUUAAGAAUAUUUCUUGUUACUCUUGCCGCUAUCACCUCAUUAAUGGUAUGAAACACUGUAGAAGAAUAAUGCUUUAGCUGGAAUUCAUGCAAAUCCAUCAUGUGGUUUUUAUGUUUUUGAAUAUGGGUUUUAUGCUUUUACUUUCUGAUAGGUUGAGUUGGAGGUAAAUUCAUAUGUAGAAAGAAAAGUUCUUUUAAAUCUCAGGCAUUUACUGUUAAGCCUCUUUGCCUUAUGUCUCGUUUGAAGUCUUUUCAUAUGUUGUGGGUUCAACUUUCAGUUUUUGUAAAUGAGCAGCACAUUGUUGACACGUUUGAUGCAGCUCUGAUUGUUUUGUGUUUCUCUUCUUGACAAAUAUUUCAGUUCAAUUAUGCUCCUGAUUUUUACGGAUGGGCAAAAAUAUUCAAAUAUUUAUUAAAAAAUAAGCUAA